CGCCGUGCAGGGACACACACACCGGAGCUGUGCGAGCCCCGGUGCUGCAGCGGCCGCUCCGCUCCCGGGAGCGCUCCGCCAUGGGCGGCCGGGCUGCGCGGCCCCGCUGACCCCGCACGGCCCGGCGGCAGCUCCGGCAUCCCUGAAGCUCCGGACUUCGCUGUCCCGGGAACUCCGCUUCGCUGAGCCGGGCUUCUCCAUCUCUCAGUACUCCGGCAUCCCGGGAACUCCGCACUCCACCGGCUCCGCUGCCCUUCACCGCUGGUCCCGGCACCUCGGGAAUUCGCCCCGCCGUAACCCCCGGGCUGUCCCGGCCGCAGAUCCGCGCUGCCCCCCGGCUCCCCGGGCCCCCGAAGGCGCGGCCAUGGCGUUCAUGGUGAAGAGCAUGGUGGGGGGACAGCUGAAGAACCUCACGGGGGGCCUGGGCGGCGAGGAGAAGAGCGAGGGCGAGAAAUCUCCGGCCGAGGCGCAGGGCAUGACCCGCGAGGAGUAUGAGGAAUAUCAGCGGCAGCUGGUGGAGGAGAAGAUGGAGAGAGACGCUCAGUUUGCCCAGCGCAAGGCGGAGAGAGCCACGGUCAGGUCCCACUUCCGAGACAAGUACAGGCUCCCCAAGAACGAAACAGAUGACAACCAGAUCCAGCUGGUGGGAGGCGACGUGGAGCUGCCCAAGGAGCUGGCCAAGAUGAUCGAGCAGGACAACGAGGAGGAGGAGGAGAAGAACUCGGUUAUCGGCCAGCUCAGCAACAUCCAGAACCUGGACCUUGAUUCCUUGAAGGACAAAGCUUCGGCCACGCUAGAGGACCUGAAGCAAUCGGCGGAGAAAUGCUCCGUGAUGUGAUGGGGCUGAGCAGGGAGGGGACGCAGCGCAGGCUCUGCCGGGGGCUGCUGCCUGCAGCGGGGCCCCCAGCCACGUUGUCACCUUUGCCGUGUGUCACUCGGCUCCUCCUGAGCCCUGUGACCCCCCCGAGCCCCUGACCCAGCUGUCCCUGAUGUGUGGUUUCCGUUUCGUUCUCCGGGCUGAGGUUAGAGCCGAGAGCCAGCAUGUCCCCCCCGUACCCCAAAGUCU